AUGGCAAGAAACCAAUCAAGCCAAACUCCAUCUAGGGGUUCAUGUGAUAGGAUUCGUAAAGCUACAUUUGGUCGCUUUCGUCCUUCAUUCUCAUCAAAACCUCGUGUUUCUUUCACUCAACCGAUGGCUCUUCAACAACCCUUUUCAGGAAAAGAGAUUCCGAUCGAGUUUGUUCCUCCCCCAGAGAAGACGUUUGGUGAGGCAAAGUUUGAUAGUUUUAUUGGUCGUAUGAAGAUGAAAAUGAGUGCUCCUUCUGAUAUUGGAGAUUCCAAAACAGUGGAUGGGAACGAUAGUUUUAAUGACAAGGUGUCAACUUUCAUUGGCCGUGCAAGGCUGAAGUUGCGGGCCACAUCCAGUAUGGGUGCUAAUGGAAAGAAUGUGUCCUUUAAGUGA